AGGCACACUGACAAAAUGAUUCGUAAGGGCCGUAAACCAACCCCACAAAGUGAAGAGGAAAGGCUUCAGCAAGAGAAGGAAAAAGAAGAAAGUCAGCUAAGAAAGGCGGCUAACCGAAAUGCAGCAAAACGAGCGAAACGAGAACCCAAGUUCAACAUGUGUCCUGUUCUAGGGCAUGCAAAGGAGUUAACUGAGAAGUCAGUGACCAACAACCAAGAACGGCAACUCAAACAGCAAGCCCAACAAAGUUCUCAUAAAACCCAACCACAAUACAACACAAAGAGCAGCAGCUCAGCUGGUAAUGAAGACUUGGAUUGUUUAGCGGAUCUAGAAGGCAUGGAUCAAGCACGAAUGGACCACUCAUAUGCCAAUGAAAACACAGUGAACUCUUCAGUGUUUGAUCAAGGAUCAAAGGAAAAUGCCAUCCAGCAGUUGCGAGAGAAGCUGAAAGAAUUGAAUGAAUUGGAAGCCAAUCAAGCCAUAGCUGACUCCAUGUCCCCUGAAAUAAAAGAAAAGAAAAAAAGAAAAUCUGAAGAAAAGGAUCUUGAUUGUUUGUGGACUGAUGUUGAGUCCCUUGCUUUCAAAGCUUUUGAGCAUCACCAUGGCAUUAGGGGAUUUAGUUGCAAGAACUGUGGUGACCAAAGCAAUCAAAUAAUCAACUGCCUUGAUUGCAGUGAAAAACUCUGUGGAAAAUGUGACGAAAAAAUCCACCUGCGGAUUCCAUUUAAUCAAAGAUCAUUUUAUUCUAAUACUCGGCCUGGAAAACAAUUGCUUCCGACUGAGUUUGUGGAUCAUCAGGGGCAGAUUGUAGUAAAGAGCGUUUUUAUCCCGUUGUGUUCCCCAAAAUGCGACAAAUGCGAUACACACAUGUCACAAAUUGCUGGUUACCCGUUUCACGCUGUCGUCACGCCAAAAGGGAGAUUCGAUUUAAAUAGAACUAUUUUUCACUGUGAUAACUGUUCGACUAAUCAAGAAGCGGAUUUCACAGACUUUAUUACUUCUGGAUACUUCCCUGGCUCUCCUGUAUCUACAAAAUAUCUUUUUUCAUUCGAUUUAUUGCGUUUGUGGCGUCAUUUAAAAUACUUGACGCCAGGUACCUCUGAAUAUAAGUUUUUGGAAACAAUUAUGGCGAUAUCUGCUGAUUUAGGAAGACGUGGAACAAUUAACAAAAAGUUGUUUAAUAAAGCGAGCAAGCUUUACGAAUACUUCAAUUCCCUGUUGGACGAGUAUGUAAAAGGAAAGAGAAAAACUAUUUGCAGAGCCUGUACCGAUAAAUUUGGUAAACCGUGCCCGCUUGGUUUGCAUUGUGACUGGUGUCACAAAUGCGUAAGGAGGUAUACGGAUAAAAAGUGA